AAACGCUCCAGACUCCUCCGCCUCCACGUUUAACCUCACUUCGUUCGUUGCGCAACGCGAGAAAAUUACCCUCCUCUCCUCUCCUCCAGAGCCCCACCUCGGCACAGCACAGCACGGCCCGACCGAGACCCCCGUAACGGGAAGGGAAACGGCAGGGGCCUAAAGACCCCGAGGCCUCGAGCCACCCAACCAACCACCGGAGCGGAGCGGAGUCGGAGCCCCCCGCGCAGCGGCGCAGCUCCCCGCCGGCGAUCGCUCGGUGGAUUCCGGCGGCCCAAGCGCGCGCGUCUGCGUCGGCCCGCGCGCCUCCGUCGGCCCGCGCGCCAUUGGAGGAGCCCCCGCCCCGUGCGCGGCUGCCUUGGAGUUGGAGGGGAAUUGUUUCCAGUUCCCCGUCCCUUGCCUUGCUCUGGUGGCGGGUUCCUCCUCGCCGCCGCGAUGCCCGAGGCCGGCCGCUACACCCACAAGAAGGACGACGGCAUCUGCAACAGCGUCUGCGGCGAGCCCACCUCAAAGGCAGUUAUGGCCAUGUCAAGGCUCAAGUGUGCGCUUCGGGGGUUUGAUUUUAGGGUACUUCUGGCUCUCUUGAUUGGUGUGCCGCUGGUAAUGUUAAUGAUAUAUGCGCAUGGUCAGAAGGUCACAUACUUCCUCCGGCCAAUAUGGGAAUCUCCUCCCGAGCCUUUCAAGAUAAUCCCUCACUACUACAAUGAGAAUGUCACCAUGGAGAACCUCUGCAAGUUACAUGGGUGGAAAGUCCGGGAGACUCCACGCCGUGUGUUUGAUGCUGUACUCUUCAGUAAUGAGCUUGAUAUCCUUGAACUUCGUUGGAAUGAACUCAGCCCCUAUGUGUCAGAGUUCGUCCUGCUUGAGUCCAACUCAACUUUCACUGGCGUGGUAAAGCCACUCUACUUCAAGGAAAACCGCCAUCGAUUUAGGUUUGCUGAAUCGCGGCUGACAUAUGGCACAUAUGGAGGAAGAUUCAUGAAGGGGGAAAAUCCAUUUGUUGAGGAGUCAUUUCAGAGGGUUGCCCUGGAUCAGCUCAUUAGGAUUGCAAGAAUUGAAAAUGACGACAUAUUGAUCAUGUCAGAUGUUGAUGAAAUCCCAAGUGGCCACACCAUCAAUCUCUUAAGAUGGUGUGACGACACUCCUAAGAUACUCCAUCUUCAGCUCAGGAAUUAUCUGUACUCGUUUGAGUUUUUUCUGGAUGACAAGAGUUGGAGGGCGUCAAUUCACAGAUACGUAUCUGGGAAGACAAGAUAUGCUCAUUUUCGGCAGACAGAUCAACUUCUUGCCGAUUCAGGGUGGCACUGCAGUUUUUGUUUCCGGCACAUCAGUGAUUUUGCCUUCAAGAUGAAAGCUUAUAGCCAUGUGGAUAGGAUCAGAUUCAAGUACUUCCUGAACCCUGAGAGGAUUCAAGAUGUCAUUUGCAGAGGGGCGGAUCUUUUUGACAUGCUUCCUGAAGAGUAUACGUUCCAAGAAAUCAUUGCAAAGUUGGGCAACAUUCCAAGCACAUUCUCUGCUGUUCAUCUUCCUAGUUAUCUGCUUCAGAAUUUUGACCGGUACCGUUAUCUUCUCCCCGGGAACUGCAGGAGAGAAAGUGGCUAGGUUCUGUGGUUUACUUUGCAAGCUGUUGUGCAUGGGUGCCACUGCCUAAGCUGCUUGAGUGGUUGGCUGUUGCAAUUGCAUCUGAUAUGAUUGGCUAAGUUGGACGGUUGCUUGGGCUAGUGGUUAUGGACAAGUUCAUGAUUUUGUGCCGUGUAAUGGAACAUUGGAGGAUAUGACAGCAUAGCGCAUGCUUGAUCGUUACCUUCCCAGAAGAGCUCAACGGUGUAUGCUUACCACCAGAAGUCAUUGCCAUUCAUAUUUCCUCCCUGAUUGAUGUGUAAACUCGAAGCUGUAAUGGAGAAAUGAACACUAUGUGAGAUUUCAGAUUUAUAUGCUGUACAAGUGGCCUUACCGUGCAGAUAAUUACAUAUGCAUGUGUUCAUAUUUUAAA